CCCAGCUUCUUUUUUCUAACCAUGUGGUUCCUCCUCCGCCUCUUUGUCUUCACUUUAUCGCUCCUGUGCGUGUAUGCCGGUCUCUUGGAGGACCAUGGAUACACUGUUGAGGAGUAUACCAAUGGUGUUUAUUACGUCAAGUCCAGACAUUACGCUGGAGGCAAUGCCCCUAUGAACAAGGUCAAAAUCAAUACGGAUACCAAGGUUAUGACCGUCUAUCUGGCCUACAAUGGCCUUGAGGAAGCUCAUGAGGACAAGUUAAGAUUAUCGCAAGUUCUCGGAGCUCUUUGUACCAAGGAGGAUCUGGACCCCGAUGAUCUAGAAUGGGUUGUUAUCGACGAUGUUGAAAACCUAGAAACCAAGGAUGCCAUGAAGAAAUACCGCCAGAAGCAUGGUCUCAGAUUCAAGGACGAGAUCAGGAUCGAUCCCUCCAAAGAGGAGGAUUGGGCAAUAUUCAGCUCUACUCCUUUCUACAAAGCCGUGUACUACAUGCUUCCUAAAAAGGGUAUUGAUCAGAUCAUAGUCAAGAACUCGGGGGGUAAUCAGGACAUGUACUUCUCUGUUGCCUAAGUAUACACAUUGUUACAACAUGUACCGCUAAGCCAUAUGUACAAAAGAGAGGACCCCUCAUAUUUAUGAGGCUAUUCUAUGUACUUAUGUAGUUCCGUCACCUCGGAUGAAGGAACGCGUUUUCGGCCUCUGACGCGCCUGUGCCAAUAUACGGCAUUUAGCUAACAUCAACCCAUACUGCCCAUACUACCCACAACGCCUUCCUGUCGCUCACGACGCUAAUGACGCUUGUUUCAAUUUAAUUGUACGCUUUUAAAUGUAUGGAGAACUUCCUGCCAGCCCUCAGGCGCGCGCGCACGGCGUCGACGCCUCGUUCGAUCAAUGCCCAGCUCCUUGCUGCGUCUGCUGCAAGUGACGCCUCGACCCUCGAUCUCAACACCCGAGAUACCUUCGACUCCCU